AUGAAUGGGAGUCAGUACAUCUGGAUCCUAAAUGGUGUUCUUAUGCAAAAUGUGGCUCUGAGUCGAACUGCAGACCAGUCUUCAUCGCACCCUGAUGGUCCUGCCAGAAAUGCUGUUGAUGGAAACCGAGACCCAAAUUUUGCUAAAGGAUCCUGCUCACUUACCCACCAAGAGUCCAAUCCCUGGUGGAGGGUGGACCUGCAGAAUGUGUACACAGUUACUGCUGUGAUGAUAACCAACAGAAAUGAAUUUGAAAACAGGCUAGACGGUGCUGAAAUCUGGAUUGGAAACUCAUUGGAGGACAAUGGUGCCAAAAAAUCCAGGUGUGCAAUCAUCUCCCACAUUCCCAAAGGACGCACUUUCUACUUCCCAUGUAGCUCUACAGAGGGACGCUACGUCACAGUUUUUCUUCCAGGAACAAAGAAGAUUCUUACUCUCUGCGAGGUUGAAGUUUUCCCUUCAGAUUCCAAUCUGGCUCUAAGAGGCAAAGCAUUCCAGUCCUCAACAGCUAGUGGUUCUAGUUCUGCGUCCAAGGCCAUCGAUGGGCGACGCGAUUCCACGUACUAUAAAGGGUUUUGUACCCACACCUUGGAAGAGACAAACCCAUGGUGGAGGUUGGACCUGCGAGAAACACACGCAGUCACAUCUGUCAAAGUAACCAAUAGAGGAGACUGCUGCGCUCAGAGGCUGGAUGGAGCCGAGAUCCGAAUCGGGAACUCGGCAGAGAACAACGGAAAUGACAACCCCAAGUGUGCUUCCAUCUCCCACAUCGGGGCGGGUAAAACGGUCACAUUUUACUGCGAGGGAGGCAGCGUGAUGGGUCGCUUUGUCAACGUCAUUAUCCCUGGACCGAAGAAGAUUCUCACUCUGUGUGAAGUGGAGGUGUAUGCAGACACCGCUCCUCCUCCUCCUGCGACUGAGAGCAUGCUGUUGAACGGCAGGAAUGUGACGGUGGUGGGUGAGCGGCUUUGCUGGUCCGAUGCUCUCCUCUACUGCAGACGUCAUCACUGGGACCUGCUGAGCAUUCUCAGCCGAGAGGAGCAGAGCGAGGUGGAGCAGCUGCUGAGCCGAGGUUCUUUCCUGCUCACAGAUCAUGUCUGGCUGGGGUUGCGCAGACAGAUAAUGGGGGACAGCUGGUUCUGGAUGUCCGGUGAAGCCAUGGAUUUUACCAAAUGGCAGUACGAUUCUGCCCCCCAACGUGUGAGUCACGCCUGUGGAGCUGUAGCCAGAGGAGACAGCUUCCUGUGGAAAGACAGGCCGUGUGAGGAGCACCUCAACUUUAUCUGCCAUUCAGGUGGCGAGGAUGGAGCACAUAGAGUGUAUUUCUACAGCAGCCGCCAAGACCCACAUACCUAG